AUGCCGUCAGCUGCUGGCCCAAGGAUGUACGAGAAUCACAUACCAUCAUUCAUGUCUGUUUAUGACAUGGAUGCGACGGUGAUAGAAAGCCCAGGUCUGGGGCCACUCCCCAAGCUAUCGAGCAGCACAGCACACACCACAAAGCAGUCGUUAUUACGGCCACAAGCGGAUGACCAAAGCACGCAGAUACAUUCACACCAGCAUCGGGAAAGUACGUCGACGCAAGCAUCUGACUCGACAGACUCAUCCCCUACCACAACUAUUUCCACCGUAGACUCAUCAUCGUUGUCAGAUCCAUCUCCAAGCUCGUCUCCUGAAUCACCUAUCACCUUGGUGCCGUUAUCAUCGUUUUCUGGAUCUAGCUUUGGUUUGGAUUCCUUUCAAAGUUUGAAAAUGGACGACCUCAGUCCUCCUCAAUUACCGAUUCAACGGCCCAUGACUUCACCUUCGCCCAGGAAAACGAAGAAUCUCAAGAGCCUUGCCCUCAAUCUCAGUCCCAGUAUAGAGACUCUGCAAACUUCGGAACCAUCAUCGCCGUCAUUCAUCAAGCCACCAACACUGACGGGAAGACGGAAACCUAGUCUUCUGAGCCUCAAUACUGGGGCGGCAAAUGGCUUUUCGUUAAAUGUGGAGCCACCUGGGUCUCCUGGGAUACCGACAAUGUUGCAAAGAAGAGGAUUAAAGCACUCAAUUUCUUCUCCCCAGAUACUUUCAACACCAAGUUUCGGGCCCAACGGCGGAAUGACAUUGGGGGAGAGGAAGCUACCACUCGGACCUUCAAGGUUCAAGGAAUCCAACCUCGCCAUGAAGACUUUCACUAUUGAUGAAGACGCACAGGAAGCCCCUACUGGAGUUCAAAUGGCUACCCGGGUUCCAGGAGUUGCAGUUGGUGGCGAUUCGUUUGACAGACCCCAUUCGGGAGAAGAUGCCAAGUCACCUUCGUAUCCAGAAGGACCCAUAUUGAUGCACGAACCUAGCGUUCAUCUUUAUUUAGAACCAAAGGUCGAGGAGGCCAUGAAGUUUGAUGUAAUCAUCAACGUAGCGAGAGAAGUCAAGAAUCCGUUCAAGGUUGCGGAGGAGAAAGAGGCCGCGGAGAAGAGCAAAGCACAAGCGGAAACGCCAAGUGCAGAGACUCCAUCAUCACCGCCGGCAGUCAGUGACACACCGCCAGACACGGCGAUGUCAAUGUUAUCAUUCCAAACAGCUUUCGAGGUUCAACCGUCGGGUUCCACAGAAUCGUCACCGACAACGCCUAAGCCCAGUGUAGACAAGACGUUACCAGAGUACAUCCACGUGCCUUGGGACCAUAACACGGAUGUUAAGGACGAGUUGUGGGACUUGUGCGAGCUUAUUGACAACAGAACGAAGGAAGGCAAGAAGGUCCUUGUUCACUGUCAGCAGGGCGCAAGUCGUUCGGCGACUUUGAUCAUUGCGUACCACAUGUACAAAAACCAGUCGCUGGGUCCAAACGAGGCAUACUCUCAGGCGCAGUCAAAGUCACGCUGGGUCAACCCCAACAUGUCGCUACUGUUCUCCUUGAACGACUUCAAGAAGGUCAUUGAAAAGAAGAAGUUGGAGAACAACACGGUACGAAAGCCCACUGUCAAGCACAGGCCGACUUUAUCUGUCGAUGGUGUUGAAGCUCCACCGACCCCAACGAGAGCUCGAGGGAAUUCGACACCGAGUGUCUCGGCCCGUGACAAUGCUCUGGCCAAACCGGAGGCGAAGAAUGAUUCUCCAGUUGCGACAAAUUCAGCAAUCACAAGGUUAGGAGGGUUUGACUUCGGUUUCGGAAACAUGUCGAUCAACAAUGAACGACCGCAGCAGGAAAGUAACGAAUGGGAGGAUCUAUUGUCUCCACGACUGGAGGAAAUGACCAACAACCCCAUUCAGAGCUUCACACGCCCGUAUGUGCCCGAGCCUGAAGCGGAUUCCGUACCCAGUCUCUUCUCACCCCGUGCCUUCGAGUUCCCACGGUCAUCAUUCUUCCCGCCACAACGAGCACCAUUAGCAGUGGACGAGGACCCUCGAAGUCCCCCAACCAAGGGUGAAGCGCCUAUCAUACGCUCGAUUGAUGAUUUCCUUUAA